AUGGACGAGUUUGCGCAGACCCGCGGUGCGGACGACCUGUUUGACGAUGAAAUCAUUCCAGUCUCGGCGGAGGAGCAGCAGGCCCAGACCGAGGUCGUGGCGCCAGAGCCGGAGCCGAAACCGGAACCCGUACCCCAAGAGGAAAAACCCGUGGUCGAGAAGCAACCACCCCCGCGCGGGGAGACACCGCAACGAGGCCGAGGCGGAGAGCGAGGCCGUGGUCGUGGUCGUGGACGCGCACAAGCCAAGCCAAGCCGUGGAUUGGAGGAUUCCCGGUUCGCCGAUCCGAAGCCCGCACAAAGCACUCGACGAAAGGGACCUGCGAAGACGCCAGAACCUACGCCGACUCCAGCAGCGAAAGCUGCAUUACCGGAAAAGCCCCAAGAGGCACCCAAGGAGCAGGCCGUUCAGGAUGAAGAGGUCAAAGGCGAUUCUCUCGUUGCCAAUGGCGCCGAGCCACAGCGAGUACCGGCUGUUCGCGGAGACCGUAGCGCUACUGGGGGAGUAAGGAAGCCUAAACUCACCGAGGAAGAACUCAGCAAACGCAUUGCUGCCGCCAAGGAACUCGCCACCAAAAAAGCCGCUGCCCAUGCUCGAGCCGAGGCUGAUCACGCUGCAUUCCAGGAGCGAGAGCAGGUGGCAGCCAAGAAAAGACGCGAGGAACAAGCUCAUCGCCGUAUUAUGGACAAUGAGCGUGAGCAGAACCGCCAACGUAAGCUCAAGGCCCAGACAGGCCGCGAGUGGGACUCUCAGAAACGCGAAGAGGACUACAAUCCGCGCGGUGGUGGCAGCCAGUUCCGGCGAGGCAUGCACGGCGGCGUAUCUGGAAUCACACGAAAUGACUUUACUGAUGGCGCGGUGGAUGAUGUUGCUCCUAGCAAUGGCAGUCCUGGUCGAGGACGCGGCCGUGGUGGCCGUGGUGGCCGUGGUGGCCGGGGCCGGGGCACCUCGCGUGGGCCACGAGGUGAACGCGCAUCAUCGAAGGAGCCAUCCAACAAGAAAGCUGCACCUGGAGUUAACAAUGAUGCCGAAUUCCCCUCGCUCCCGGUCGGAAAGAAGCCAGAAGAUGUCCCUGCGCCUGCACCUGCACCUGCAGUGAAACCGGCGGUGGCCAUCAAAACCCCUCCUUCUAUGGAGAAUCUUGAUUCUACGUUUUCUCCACUCACUGGCACUUGGGCCGACUCAUUGGAUGACUAG